GUGAGUGCGCGUGCGGCGAUGGCGGAGCUGCGCGUGCUGGAGAGCAGGAUCACUCACCUGUCGGACAGGUGCGCGGCGCUGCGCGCGGAGACACACGAUGACGACUAUCUACAGAACGCGUCCUCCAUACUCGACCGGCUGAAGAGCACGCAGGCCGGAGAGAGCAGCAGUGUGGCCAAGCUGCUUCAGGAUUACACUCAGGUCAUACUGGACAUCACGUUCUACGAGGAGAACAGACUUGUUGAUCAGGAGUUUCCAGAGGACACGUCCCCCUUUAAAAUCCAGCAGCUGCUGCAGGACCUGACAGAGCCCGAGAUUUUAGCAGGACGACUGGCCCCCAGCCAGGAGGUGCAGGUUGUUUUGGGUUUGGAGCUGUUGGAGUGUCUGUACUGGCGUCGUGGAGCUCUGCUCUACAUGUACUGCCACACGCUGCACCAGAGGAAGCAGUGGAUCAAACAGAAUAAAGCCACCUUCCUGAAGUGUGUUCAGGAGGGCGUGCGGUACCUGAUGAAGAUGCUGCAGGUGCGGAGCUCCGUCAAGCUGAACGAUGGAGUCGUUUUCCACGAUUCCACAACCGCUAACUUCCUGUCAGAAGGGAUCUUUUCUGACACCCACCUGCUGACGAUGAUGUAUAUCGGAGAGAUGUGUUUCUGGGCAGUGAAGUACGAGGACGGCAGCGCCGAUGGAGCGGAACAGAAGGAGGACAGGCUUCAUUUCCGCGACAUCGGAGCUCAGAUCCUGAAUAAAUACGUGCUGGCCUGCGAGGGGCCGCUGCAGGGCCAAGGCUGGAACACGGAGAACGCUAAAGAAAUUCUCAGCAUCCUGCAGUAAACAUGCAGCCCACUCCUCCGACUCACAGCUCAACCACGCUCACAGUUCUAGUCCAACAACAAAAAUGGGUUAAAAAAAAAACAGUAAA